AUGACGCAGAUUUUAGUCGCGGUUACGUCAUUGGCGCGACGCCAUCUAGCAACAAAUCUUCCAACCUCUGGCUUCUCUUGAAAAUUAGAUGGAAAUGCAAACAAAUCUUUUACUGAAACCACGCGGAUUUUACGGGUUGAAAAGCUUUCCAUGUCGAAUAGGGGAUUUGAAACAGAUUAGCAAAGUUUUGUAUUUUUCACGAGUCAAAUGUUUUGAAAACGAGCUCUGUUUACAAGUGAAGAAAUGCAUUCAUACGAUCAGGGCGAACAGAAACCAUUAAAGACAGAGUUUAUUGAAGAUUACAGUGAGAACAGGAGUGAUCCAGAACCCUUCAGUGUGAAGAAUGAAGACACCGAAGGACAGAAAGGUCCGAUGGAAGACAGUAAGGAGAGUGAAGAACUGAAUGAAUUGGAGGACAAACAACACAUCAAAACUGAAGAAAUAACUUUAAGUUGCUUUCAGAUUGAAAGUGAAUUUCCCCUGACGCAAACAGCUAACAAAAAAUUCACCUGCUCUCAGUGUGGAAAAAGUUUCUCAUAUAAAGUAAGUCUCGCACGUCAUAUGACCAUUCAUACUGGAGAAAAGAAGCACACAUGUGAUCAGUGUGGGAAAAAAUUCCCAUACAAAGGAAGUCUUGCACAUCACAUCAGAAUUCACACUGGAGAAAAGAACUACCUAUGUGAUCAGUGUGGAAAAAGAUUCCUGUCUAAAAAAAGGCUUCAAGCUCACAUGAGAAUUCACACUGGAGAAAAACCUUUCACAUGUGAUCAAUGUGGGAAGAGGUUUCGAAUUAAAGGACAACUUAAACGUCAUAUAGCAAUUCACAGUGGAGACAAACCACAUACAUGUAUUCAUUGUGGGUGGAGGUUUACACAAAAAGGACACUUAAUUGAUCACAUGAAAAUCCACACUGGAGAAAAGCCGUACACAUGUGACCAGUGUGGGAAGAGUUACCCAUUCAACGCAAGUCUUAAGAAACACAUGGUGGUUCACACCGGAGAGAGGCUGCAUACGUGCGAUCAAUGUGGGAAGAGUUUCGCAACAAGGGGAGCUCUCAAUGUUCACAUAAAAAGCCACAGCGGAGAGAAGCCGCACACAUGCGAACAAUGUGGGAAGAGUUUCAAGCAGAUAACACCACUUAAUAAUCACAUGAAAAUCCACACUGGAGAAAAGCUGCACACGUGUGAUCAGUGUGGUAAAGGUUUUCCAUAUAAAGCAAGUCUUAAACAUCACAUGAGCAUUCAUAGUGGAGAAAAGACACACACGUGUGAUCAUUGCGGGAGGAGCUUUGCACAAAAAGGAAAUCUUAAAGAUCACAUGAAAAUCCACACAGGAGAAAAGCCGUACACAUGUGAUCAGUGCGGGAAGAGUUUCCGGUUCAAAGGCCAUCUUAAGAAACACUUGGCAAUCCAUACUGGAGAGAAACCACACAAAUGUGAUCAGUGCGGGAUGUGCUUUGCAUGCAUUGGAGUUCUUAAUAAGCACAUGGUAGUUCAUUCUGGAGUAAAGGCGCACAAAUGUGAUCAGUGUGAUAAGAGGUUUACACACAAAGAAAGUCUCAAACGUCACAUGAGUCUUCAUAGUGGAGAGAACCUGCAGGCGUGUGACCGGUGUGAGAAGAGUUUUACGAACAAGGGACGUUUUAAUGAACACAUGAAAAUCCACACAGGAGAAAAGCCGCACGCUUGUGAUCAAUGUGGGAAGAGUUUCUCGAUAAAAGGAAACCUUAAAGAUCACAUGAAAAUCCACAGUGGAGAGAAGCCGUACUCUCGUGAGCAAUGUAGGAAGAGUUUCAUAUCCAACGCAAAACUUACAAAGCACAUGAAAAUCCACACAGGAGAGAAGCCGUACACGUGUGAUCAGUGCAAGAAGAGUUUCACACAGGCAAACAAUCUUAAAAUGCAUAUUCGCUCUCAUACUGGAGAAAGACCGUAUAACUGUGAUCAGUGCAGCAAAACAUUUGCUGGACCAGGAAACCUGAAGAACCACCUGAAAGUUCACACACAGGAGAAACCUCACGUGUGUUUGUGUGGAAAGAGUUUUCCACGACUGACUGCUUUAAAGUUACACCAGAAAAGGCAUUGUUCAUACUGUGACGAGAUUUGAUCCAUAUUGGAGAAAAGCUGGACAAAUGUGCAUGGAGAGUUUUGCACAAGCAAAUCGUCUUAAAUUAUAACUGUUUAAGUGUGAUCAGUGAGAUUUAUUAUUUUUUUUAUUUACUUAUUUAUUAGAUUCCCAGCUGCAAAAUAAAAAGAAAUUUCAUACACAGUUAAAGUCAGAAUUAUUAGCCUACCUUUUUAUUUUUUUAUUUAUUUAUAUUUCCCAAAUGAUGUUUAACAGAGCAAGGAAAUUUUCACAGUAUGUCUGAUAAUAGUUUUUUUUCUUCUAGAGAAAGUCUUAUUUGUUUUAUUUUGGCUAGAAUAAAAGCAGUUGUAAAAAUUAAAAAAAAAACAUUUUAAGGUCAAAAUUAUUAGCCCCUUUAAGCUAUAUAUUUUUUGAUAUUCUAUAGAACAAACCAUCGUUAUACAAUAACUUGCCAAAUUAUCCUAACCUGCCUAGUUAACCUAAUUAACCUAGUUAAGCCUUUAAAUGUCAUUUAAAGCUGUAUAGAAGUGUCGUGAAAAAUAUCUAGUCAAAUAUUAUUUACUGUCAUCAUGACAAAGAUAAAAUAAAUCAGUUAUUAGAGAUGAGUUAUUAAAACUAUUAUGAUUAUAAAUGUGUUGAAUAAAAAUCUCUCAGUUAAACAGAAAAUGGGGAAAAAAAUAGACAGGGGGGCUAAUAAUUCUGACUUUAACUGUAUAUGAAAAGCCAUGUGGUCUCUUUGUGGAAAGUUUUUUUUUGUGACCCUUUAACUCUGCUAUGGUUUACACUACACAGCAUUGUUGGUUUACAAAAAAAAUCAAACAAACAUAAUCCUGUUGCACUACUACACUUGAUGUUGGUUUUAUUGUAAAAAAAAAAUAAAUAAAUCCAAGACAACGUGUUAAAUGAGAAUCUGAAAUAUUUUAAGCCAUAGGUCAAAAAAAAGGAGGAUUUAGUGUUCAAAAAUGUUUAUUUUGAUAAGUUUUAUUUUGAUAAUAAGUUUUUAAAAAGUUGCAAUCGACAUCAUUCUUGCUCGAAGAAUAAAGCCAUACAAGUUAUACACGUAUCACGUCUUAUGUGAACUCAAGUUAUUUUUUAUAUAGAUGCGCAGCAAAAUGUGCUAAAAGAGAGAAAGCGGCACCACUUUGCCUUUCCUCAUAUUUUUAGAUACCCCUGUAAACAACAACUGAGGAGAUGAAAAAUUGUAUUUUUUUCGUUAUUUUAAGUUUUAAGAUAAAAAGUUUAUAUUAAACAUUUCUAUUUAUAAAUGAGCAAUUAAACAUUUUUUUAGGUUGUCUCCACUAGUCUUACUAGUAUUGCAUUCAUUCAACCAUGGUGAACGCACAGAGAAUAAAGGCUCGUGCUUUUGCACUCCUUCAUUUCGGACACUGCGAGAAUCAGCUUUUCUCCCAUGGUGCACAACAAAACUGAAAAUUCUGUGUGACAGCCACAAGGGGGCGUAUUCCGACAGUUAUGUCCAAAUGUCAUGUGCAGUGGAAAGGCGACUUCAGACUGGCCUUGAGUUCCAGAAAAAGCUCCAUAGGGAUUAAAGGAAAGGUGUUGAUAGUAGAAGAAGAGUGGCCAUGAUGACAGUUUCUUCACUAAGCUUAUUUAUCAAAUGAAGUCAUGUCUUUCAUGCUUUAUGAUGUGCAGCAACGAAUGACUUUGGAUGGCUUUUU